AUGGCCCUUCCAGCAAAGUCGCUCGUCCAAGCCGCCGCCAACUCGGGACUUCGCGCCGUGUCCGUCCGCCACUCGAGCCAGGCUCCAAAGGUACGUUUCGGCCGGAUUUCUGCUCGAAUAAAGAUUUUUUCGGUGACAAUUUUCAAAUUUUGUGAUUUGCAUCAUUCAGGUCGCUCUUCUCGGAGCCGCCGGAGGAAUCGGACAGCCGCUCGGCCUUCUCCUCAAGCAGGACCCCCUCAUCGCCCAUCUUGCCCUCUAUGACGUCGUCAACACCCCCGGAGUGGCCGCUGAUCUCUCGCACAUCGACUCCAACGCUAAGGUUUUGCAAAAAAAAAAGUUUUUAGCUUGAAAUUCGUGUUAAGGUCACCGCGCACACUGGGCCGAAGGAGCUGUUCGCCGCCGUUGAGAAUGCCGACGUGAUCGUGAUCCCGGCGGGAGUUCCACGCAAGCCAGGAAUGACCCGCGACGAUUUGUUCAACACCAACGCUGGAAUCGUCCGCGAUUUGGCCGCCGUCAUCGCCAAGGCCUCCCCGAAGGCCCUGAUCGCCAUCAUCACCAACCCGGUCAACUCGACAGUGCCAAUCGCGUCGGAGGUGCUCAAGAAGGCCGGAGUCUACGACCCGAAACGCGUUUUCGGAGUCACCACCCUCGAUGUCGUCAGAUCGCAGGCUUUUGUCGCUGAGCUCAAGGUUAGGGGAUGAUGAACGUUCUCUGCGUGUUUUACACGUGCGAAAAGACAAAUAGAUAAGGAUGACGGGAGGAGGCUAGAGUACGAAAAGGCUUCAAAGAACCGAUUAGAGAAAGAGACAAUUAAAAAAUAAAUAGCCAGUGCAGAAAUGUACCUUGACGUUCUUUCAUAUUAACCCAAAAACGAACACUAGAAAAGCCAGCUAAAAAAUUUCAAACUUUGCAGGUUGGCUUCUCUAGUAUUUAUUAUUCAGCAAAAAUUGAAUUUAUUUGAUUUGCAGGGUCACGACGCCUCAAAGACGGUCGUUCCAGUCGUCGGAGGACAUGCCGGAAUCACCAUCAUCCCGCUUCUUUCGCAGACGCAGCCAGCCACCAAGUUCUCCGAGGAGGAGAUCGCCAAGUUGACGCCAAGAAUCCAGGACGCUGGAACUGAAGUCGUCAACGCGAAGGCUGGAGCCGGAUCGGCCACUCUUUCAAUGGCCCUGGCUGGAGCCCGAUUCGCCAACGCGCUCGUCCGCGGAAUCAAGGGACAGAAGAACGUGCAGUGCGCGUACAUCGCCUCGGACGCCGUCAAGGGAGUCGAGUACUUCUCGACGCCAGUGGAGCUCGGACCAAAUGGAGUUGAGAAGAUCCUCGGCGUCGGAAAGGUAACCGCCUUCGAGCAGAAGCUCAUCGACGCCUCGGUCGCUGAACUCAACAAGAACAUCAAGAAGGGAGUCGAAUUCGUCAAGAACUCUUAA